AUGGGUUGGCAAAUAUUUUUGUCAGUUCUGGUGGAAUAUGACGACGUGGAGUGGCAGAGACGAGAGUGGGUGCACGUGUACAGAGGUCAGGUGUUCCAGAUCUUCCUGCUGGAGCGUACCCUCGCCUGGGCCUCCCGCAAGCACCCCAACAAGAUCCGCGCCUCACCAGUCCUCUGGCCAGCCCUCGUGUACGUGCCCCUUGUGGACCAGGCUGGUAUCUCUGAACACAAGUACCGACCCGUGGAGUACCUGGUGGACCGCACCCUCGACUAUCACGACUACUCCCAGAUCACACCAUACCAGGAGGGUGACUGCGCGGGCGUGGGCGGGGAGGAGUGUCUGGAGGCGCUGCGGGCGUGGGUGGGCGAGCAGGAUGGACAGAGGAUUCUCCUCUCCACGCCCUCCGUCCUGGUGGGAUUCAGAGUACAAGUUUACCGUGCUGAAGGUACCACUCAGUGGUACACGGCAGUCAUCGUGGGCUACAAUGAUGCUACCAGAGAGUUGACAGUGACAGAUGACACUGUACUGGAGGAACACUCAGAGGACCCCAGCUUGGUGCAGAUCAGACUCAUUGGUGAGGGAGUGGUGGAGUCCAUCUUGCGAGGCGAGAAUGUAGGCAUCACCCCGCGACGCUCCCGCACCGCAACCAACAACCAUCACCAGUCUGGGGUUCGUCAUAUUCGCCGUGAUGGUGUCCAGCCAGUAAAAUCUCGUAAGACUGCUCUCAGCCGCCCUAACAACCUUCAUCACAGCGCCGGCCAUACCCUUCCACCAGCACCUGCAGCCCACGCCACCCAUAUCACUGCCCAUACCCUCCCGCCCACCACCACCCAUCUCUCACCCGCCACCCCCCACCCAAUAGUCACCACCAGCUCCUCGCCACCCACCACCCACUCCCCGCCACCCACCACAACCGCCCAAUUGGACAGCGAGGGUGGAAGGUCCCCCUCACGCCCACAGGAGGCUGAAGAUAAUCAGGACACCCAUCAGGACCAGCAGCAAGAACAGCUGCUGCAGCGGUUAAAAGAACAUCCAGAGGAACAGCUUCGCCAAGUCAGAGUGCAGCACCACCCUGUGAAACAGCAGCAUCAACAGCUUUACUCUAAAGACCCAGCAGAGGAGAAACAAGUACAAUUAAACCAAGUGAGAAAUCAACAACAAGUAAACAAAGAAGCAGAAGAGGAAAAACACGGUGAAGAACAGAUAAAGAACCAUCAGCCGCAAGAAGAAAAUAAGAGAAAGGAAGAACCACCAAAGGAGGAGAGAGAACAAGUUAGAUAUCAGCUAAAGCAAGGUAGAGAAGAAUCAAAGGAACCAAAGCAAGGUAAAGAAGAAUCAAAGGAACCAAAGCAAGGAAGAGAAGACUCGAAGGAACUAAAACAAGGAAGAGAAGAAUCAAAGGAACUAAAUCAAAGAGAAGAAGAAGAGAAACAAGUAAAGCAAGGAAGAGAAGAAUCAAAGGAACUAAAGCAAGGAAGAGAAGAAUUAAAGGAACCAAAGGAAGGAAGAGAAGAAUUAAAGGAACCAAAGCAAGGAAGAGAAGAAUUAAAGGAACCAAAGCAAGGAAGAGAAGAAUUAAAGGAACCAAAGCAAGGAAGAGAAGAAUUAAAGGAACAGCAGCUAAAACAGGAAACAGAAGAGGCAGAGGUACAACGAAAGCAAAACAGAGAAGAAUCAAAGGAACAACAAGUAAAUCAAGAAAGACAAGUGCCAACGGAGCAACAGCUAAAACAAGAGAGUGAACAGUGUAAGAAAGAGCAAGAAAGAGAACAGCCAAAAGAGCAAGAGAGAAAACAGUCAAAAGAGCAAGAAAUAAAAUAUUCAAAGGAACAGCAAGAAAGAGAACAGUUAAAAGAUCAGGAGAGAGAACAGUCAAAAGAACAAGAAAGAGAACAGUUAAAAGAACGGCAAGAAAUAGAACGAAAACAAUCAGAUCAAGACGAAAAACAAAGCAAGGAACAACCAUUAAGGGAAGUAAGAAUCCAGAUUGAACUUAAACAAGAGAGAGAACUGUUAGAAGAUCAACAACAACAACAACAACAACAUCAACAACAACAACAACAACAACAAAUAAAAAGGCAGCACUUUCGACAAAUUAAAGAGACCCGAGAACAGCAAGGAAAGGAACAGCAACAAAAAGAACAGCAAAUAAAAUUACGACAAACAGAACAGCAGCAACAAACAAAGCUACAAUUACAGCAAAAAGAACAGCAACAACAACUAAAGCAAUUGCAGCAAAAACAAAACCAUCAACAGCAUUUACAGAAGCAGCAACUACAAGCAACACAGAAACAGCAGCAACAAAUAGAAAAGCAAGAACAGCAACAGAAAGAGGAGCAACAGCAACUAGUAAGAAAAGAACAGCAACAGAAAGAGGAGCAACAGCAACUAGUAAGAAAACAAGAACAGCUACAGAAAGAAGAACAACAGCAACAAGCGAAGAGGCAGCAAAAGGAGGAACAACAGCAAAAAGUCCCGAAGCAAGAACAGCAACAAAAAGAGGAACAGCAGCAACAAAUACAGCAAAACAUAGAUGAACAGCUAAUAAAGAAGCAGCAACAGCAAGAACAAAUAAAAAAGGCACAGCCUCAACCCAAAGAGGAGCAACAACAGCAACAACAAAUAAACAAACAGCUGCAAAUAAAGAAACACAAACAGUUGCCGCAGUCUUUAGAAAACAGUUCAAAACAAGAAUUGAAACAGGAAGUCAAACAGGAGCCAAGACAGGAAGCUAAACAGGAGCCAAGACAGGAAGCUAAACAGGAACCCAGACAGGAAGCUAAACAGGAGCCAAGACAGGAAGUCAAACGGGAGCCAAAACAGGAAGUUAAACGGGAGCCAAGACAGGAAAUCAAACAGGAACUAAUACAGGAAGUCAAACCAAAACUAAAAGAAGAAGGCAAAAAGGAACUAAGACUGGAAAGAAAACAGGAGGGAAAACAGGAACCAAGGCAGGAAGUCAGGCAGCAACCUGAAGAACAAGUAAAACAGGAACCAAGGCAGGACGAUAAACAGGAGCAGCAGAAGCAGAAGGAAGAGAGCAGAGAGGCCGAGGAAAGAGCACAACAAACAAAAGAACGAAUAAAACAGCAUGUAGAAGCAGACACCAAGCAAGGUACCUCCCAGGUCUUAAAAGAACGGCAGACACAGGAGCCGCCGGUCUUCAAUGAACGGCGCACUCGAGACGAGGAUAAAAAACCGCCGCUGAAGACUCAAGAACCGACCCAUUUGACGAAGAAGAACCCAGAGUCGGAUUAUAGAGCCCAGCUCCCUCGGAAGUUCAAGGUCCAGCUCUCUAGACAGCUCAAGGUCCAGCUGUCCAGGCAGAUCCAAGACCAGUUGCCGCAGAGAGUUAAAGACCAGCUGCCGCAGCAAAUAAAAGAGCAAAUAUCGAGGCAGGCGAAGGAGCAUUUGUCGAGGCAGGCUAAGGAGAACUUAGUCAAGCAGGACAAGGAGCCUAGUAUCACUUGUGGGGAGCAACAUCUGCAGGAGAAGCCCUCGGAGACGAGGAAGGAAGGCUCGCCCACUAGCAGGCGCAGACGAGCACCCGGCAAACAGCAGCAGACAGCCAGGAAGAGGACAGCACCACCCGACAGGAAGAGGCGAUCACCGCAGGACCUACAGCACUCGGAAGACAGCGGUUCAGGUAAGUUGUUGAGAGUUGCCACGCCGCCCACGCCCACAUAUGUUGAGUGUUGCCACACAGCCCACACCCACGUAUGUUGAGUGUUGCCCACGCCCACGUAUGGUGAGUGCUGCCACACUGCCCACACCCACGUAUGUUGAGUGUUGCCACACAGUCCACACCCACGUAUGUUGAGUGUUGCCCACGCCCACGUAUGGUGAGUGUUGUCACACUGCCCACACCCACGUAUGUUGAGUGUUGCCACACAGUCCACACCCACGUAUAUUGAGUGUUGCCCACGCCCACGUAUGGUGAGUGUUGUCACACUGCCCACACCCACGUAUGUUGAGUGUUGCCACACAGUCCACACCCACGUAUAUUGAGUGUUGCCCACGCCCACGUAUGGUGAGUGCUGCCACACUGCCCACACCCACGUUUGUUGAGUGUUGCCACACAGUCCACGCCCACCUAUGAGCGUUGCCACACAGUCCACGUCCACGUAUGUUGAUUGUUGUCACACAGUCCACGUCCACGUAUGUUGAUUGUUGUCACACAGUCCACGCCCACGUAUGGUGAGUGUUCCAGCAUAGUCCACGCCCACGUAUGUUGUGUGUUACCCCGC